GGCAGUCCACCGGGUUCCUGUGGGCAGAAGAGCCCGCAGAAAAUCCCUCCAGCAUGUUCAGCAGGUUGAGGAGGUUUCUGGGCGCUCCUGAGCCUCCGCCUGCCCCUGCACCCACCCCACCGACCUCACCAGCCCCACCAGCUCCACCAGCCCCACCAGUUCCACCAGCCAAGGAGGAAAAGUUAACAGAAAAGAAAGAUGAAAAAGUGGAGGAGCCAAAGACGACGAGUGAAAAGCAGGAGGAGGAGAAGCAUGGAGAGAAACAAGAGGAGCAAACAAAUGAGCAGAGAGAGGAGAAUGAGCCCAAGAAGGAAGAACAGACAACUGGUCCUGCUCCAGUUCCUCCCUCUCCAGCUCCUGCUGCUCCUGUUAACCCAGAAGGUGCUGAAGGAGACGAACCCCCAGUGGUCUACUCCAGAUAUGCAGAUGACGUCCUGAGGAGUGCCAUAAGGAGUUUAAGAGAACGAACUGAAAUCCUCAAAGGGAAGGCAAUAGACCCUUAUGCUACAUCUCCAGAAAUCACUCCUCCUGUUACGCCCAUUUUGAGAAAAGAGGACUACGCCAGACAGAAGGAAGAGGAGCGCAUAGCAAAAGAAGAAGAAGACAGGAGGAAGGCCGAGGAGGCAGCCAGAAAGGCGGAGGAGAAAAAGAAGAAAGACGAGGAGAAACGGCUGGAGGCUGAGAAGAAAGCAGAGGAGGAGAGGCUGGCGGAGGAAGCCAGGAGGAAGGCAAAGAUGCUGCCGGACAUCAGCUGCUCGUGCUUCGACGUCCUCUUCCGUCCAGUCGAGGAGAAGAUGGACGCCGUGUUGGGGAGCACCAUUGAUCCUUUUACGGAUCGUCGGUAUAUCACCUGGUUGACGGUGGUGGCCGUGGCGUACAACUACAACGUGUGGUUCUGCCCCGCCCGGCUGGCCUUCCCUUACCACAACGACACUGCCAACCCAUUCUGGAUAUUCCUCGACGUCCUCUCUGACGUCGUCAACGUCAUUGACAUGGUGGUCUGGCAGCCUCGACUACAGUUUGUCAAAGCCGGAGACAUUAUUAAAGACAGAGCUCUGACCAAAGUGCAUUAUCGGAAAUCUUAUCGAUUUAAGACCGACGUGUUCAGCAUCGUGCCCUUCGACUUGCUCUCUCUACACUUCGGCUUCUCCUCCGUUUACAGAUUCAACCGCUUUGUCAGGAUCGAGUCCUUCUUUGAGUUCAGUGACCGACUUGAGAGCAUCAUGGCCAAAGCUUACAUCUGGAGAGUGGCCCGUACCACAGGUUACCUCCUCUACAUGCUCCAUCUCAACGCCUGUGCUUACUACGUGGCCUCAGUGCACCAGGGUCUGGCUUCCACUACAUGGGUCUACGAUGGAAAAGGCACAGCGUACCUGCGCUGUUAUUACUUUGCGGUGCGCAGCCUCAUCAACAUCGGGGGCCUGCCGGAGCCGGUGACUCUGUUCGAGAUCACCUUUCAGAUGACCAACUUCUUCGUCGGCGUCUUUGUGUUCUCCAGCCUGAUUGGACAGAUGAGAGACGUCAUAUGCGCGGCCACGGCAGCUCAGGCGUACUUCCGCGCGUCGAUGGACGGCUGCGUCGAGUACAUGAACACUUACACCAUCCCGAAGCUGGUCCAGAACAGAGUCCGCACCUGGUACAACUACACCUGGGCUUCUCAGGGAAUGCUAGAUGAGACGGAGCUUCUGGACAAGAUGCCUCUGGUGAUGCGAAUCGCCAUCGCUGUGGAUAUAAACCUGGCCACCUUCCAAAAGAUCCAGCUCUUUCAGGGCUGCGACCAGCAGAUGUUGGUGGACAUGCUACUGAGGCUGAAGUCCAUCAUCUACCUGCCAGGAGACUUUGUGGUGAGGAAGGGUGACAUCGGGAAGGAGAUGUACAUCAUCAAAAGCGGAGCGGUGCAGGUGGUGGGAGGGCCCGACAACAGCAUCGUGUUUGUAACGCUGAAGGCCGGCUGCGUGUUCGGAGAAAUCAGCUUGCUGCAAUCUGCCAAAGACGGAGGGAACCGGCGGACGGCUAACGUGAGAGCAUACGGCUUUGCGAACCUGUUUGUUCUGGAAAAGAAAGACCUGUUCGACAUCCUCGUCCACUACCCCGAGUCCCAGAAGGUCUUGGCCAAGAAGGGCAGGCAACUGGUUAAAGCCAAAGCUGCAGCAGGGGCUCCAACCAAAGACGACAAGCCGAAAGGUCUGACGCUGUUUGGACAGAAACCCCAGACGCCGAAGCUCCUCAAAGCAUUCGCCAACUUGCGCAAAGCGGGGCUGCUUGACAAGCUCAAGAAAGCUGCAGAAGAGGAACAAUAAGAGGCGGAAGUUUGCUUGAAGUUAAAUGUCAUCAUGUACAGUUUUGUAAAUUUGAACUUUGAUUAUUGAAGCUCAAAUGAGGGCGCAGAUUUGUGAAAACUAAAAUUUCAGACUGUAUACCUCUGCAAUUUAGGAAACAAAAAAAAGUGUUACACAAAAUAAAAUAAAUCCAAGUAGAACUGAAAUUAAAAUUCAAGUCUAUUUCAACAAAUAUUCUGAUUAACCUUCUCAAAUUCUGAAGAGAGAAAUCCAUUAAAAGGAACUAAAAAGCAAAAAAUUUUAGUUAUCUUUGAAUAGUUUUUACCUCAUCAAUUGUGUCGUGGUUUAAAUGAAGGUUUUCUAGAGAUUUAUUGUAACAGAUCGUAACCCCUAAGUCUCUCAGACUGUUUUACUAAAAAUUGAAUAUAAAACAAUGGAUGUUCAAAAGGUUUUUUAAACUGCUA